AGUCAACUCCAACUUCCAAGUCAGUAGUGUGUGUGUGUCCGACUCAGGCGGUCUUUUGUCAUUCAAUGAAUCAAUUGUGCCGCGAUUAAUAAUUUACGAUCGUACGAUCGCAGUUGUUUUUUUUAAGUUUUGAAAAAUAUAAUAUUUUUAUAUUGGAAUAUUAAGGAUCAUCCGUCAAAAUGGCAGCCUUCAAUGUCAUUUUAGGCUGUGUUAUGGCACUUCUCGUUAUACUGUUCACGAUAAGUUCUAUCGCCAGAUAUUAUAUAAAGUUUACAUUAUUUAUAGUGCUGUCACUAAUGUUCGCAACAGCGCCUCUACCGUUGAUGUGCUUGAAACCUUUCGACCCGAGAAAUGCUUUGAUUCCAGCAGCACUGCUGCGGUUCACGGCACGAGUGCUGGGGCUGCGAUGGACGGUGCGCGGUAUGGAAAACGUGGACGACAGCAGGGGAGCAGUCGUGCUGCUCAACCAUCAGAGCUCGCUGGACUUGUAUGUGCUGGCAGUGCUGUGGCCGCUGAUGGCGCGCUGCACGGUGGUGGCGAAGCGCUCGCUGCAGUACCUGGUGCCCUUUGGCACCGCCACCUGGAUGUGGGGCACCGUGUUCAUAGACCGCGGCACCCACUCCGCUAAGGCCACGCUGAACAAACAGGCCGAUGCCGUCAGGGAUCAGAAGCGUAAGCUGCUCCUCUUCCCCGAGGGUACUCGUCACUCCAGCGACCGGCUGCUGCCGUUCAAGAAGGGAGCUUUCCACGUGGCACUGGCUGCCGGCGCGCCCAUACAACCAGUCGUUAUAUCCAAAUACCAUCACCUGGAUACGAAGAGACACAGAUUCGGCGCAGGUGAAUUCAUAAUAACGAUCCUGCCUUUGGUCGAGACUGAGGGAGUGAAAAAGGAAGACAUCCAGUCCCUGAUAGAUAUAGUUCAGAAUAAGAUGCAAGAGGAAUUCACCAGGACAUCAGAAGAGACCAAGAUGAUUAAGGCUCAUUAAGAGGUACAAAUAAGUUAUUUAAAGCUAAACCAUUUCAAACCGAAGCUGUGAUAGUUAAGAAUGUAGGUAUCAAUAGAAUAAGAGUUUAUACGGAACGCACCAAUAAAAAUAUUUAUACA